AUGAAACUAUCGAUUUUUUUUAAAUCACUGCCAAACUCGUUAACGCUUAUCCCUUGGCUUUUGCAGUUUGAUCGUCUCUCGGCCACAGUAUACUACGCCUUCUCAAAAGCAGUGCUGUACUGUAACACCCUAGAACUAUAUUCGAAUUCGUUCUUCAGCAUUCGGGGGCGAAUCGCUGUCUAUAUACAACAGACUCACGUGCGGUCAUCCACACUGGGCACCUGGAACGCACACAUCCGGGAGUUCCUUAUCCCCUAUUUAAACAGCAAGAUAUAUUUUGCCGGUGCUGAAGACUCCUCAUCAAUUGCUGUUGAAAACGUGGAUUUACGAGCCACCGAGGUUCUAUCGAUUGGAGGGUCAGUAAAUGCCGGAGAUAUGAAAAGUGCUGCACUCAACCAUGCCGUGCGUACACAGCUUCAUCGUACCUUUACCAAAGCAGACUAUGCACCAUUUCUGAUUGGUUUUUCACCUUUAUCGCGGGCUGUGUUCGGAUCCUGGGGAACAGUGCGAUUUUUUGCGGACUACGCGCACAUGGUAGGCGUGGACGUUGACUUAUGCAGUCCAAUCAUGCUGGAUAGACUGACUGGGAAGCUGAACAGGCACAUGACAGAUGGUUCGAAUGGAGGAAUGGUGGAGCCCAUCACAGUAACA